AUUUAAUAAGGGUUCUACUCUAUUUGUCAUAAUUUCUUUCCAUUUAGUGUGUAAUCGCAAUAAGCAAUUUUUAAUGAAAAUUUUAAAUAUUUUAACAAUAAUCAUUUUAAAUUUUAAAUGUUCUUGGACAUUACUUUUCGGUUUAUAAAUGUCUGAUUUUGUAAAUAAAAUCGAGUGCUUGGUAGCUGCGCCCGCGCUUAUCGAUCGCGUACUUGCGUAGAAGCUACAACAAGAGGAACGUGUUGAUUUUUUGAAAUUUUUGAUUUAGAUUGCAGUAUUUUGUAAAGAUUUCACCUUAAUUGUUCAAGCAAAGAUUGAUGUAGGGCAGUAGAAUAUUACUCGUACAGUAAUGCACAUGACAGUUUAUGAAUGAAGUACAUUUUUGGAUGCCAGCAUCAAUUGCAUCAGCAGCAUAAGCAUCUGAAUUGUGUUCUUCUUAUUAAUCGCUUUCCAAGUAAAAUUGCGUAUUAAUAAACAGCAAACAAUUGGAGUUACCCCACAACAUGGCAGAUAAGGUAUAUUAUCCCAAUGCAGAAUGUGCAAGGAAAGCUCAUUGUAAGAGCAUGGAACAUUAUAAAGAAAUGCACGAAAAGUCAAUCAAAGAUCCUGAAAAGUUUUGGGGAGAAAUUGCAAAAGAAUUUUACUGGGAAACGCCAACAACAGAUGGAAAGUUUUUUAAUUAUAAUUUUGACUUAAAUGAAGGUGAUAUUUCUAUCAAAUGGAUGGAAGGUGCUUCAACAAAUCUGAGUUUCAAUCUGUUGGAUAAGAACGUUAAAAAUGGCAAUGGAGACAAAGUGUCUUUUUAUUGGGAAGGAAACAAUCUGGAAGAUUAUACUCGUCUGACAUAUAAAAAACUUUUACAGGAAGUCUGUAAAUUUGCUAAUGUCCUUAAAUCGAAUGACGUAACUAAAGGUGAUCGUGUAGCCAUUUAUAUGCCUAUGAUUAUGGAACUUCCUAUUGCAAUGUUAGCUUGCACUAGAAUUGGUGCUGUUCACAGCAUAGUGUUUGCAGGAUAUUCGUCUGAUUCAUUAGCAGAACGAAUUUUAGACUCAAAGGCCAAAGUUGUAAUUACCGCAGACGGUGUAUGGAGGGGAGAAAAACUUUUAUCAUUAAAAAGUAUAUGUGAUGAAGCUCUUUGUAAAGUGAAGAUGAAUGGUCAUGAAGUUGAAAAAUGUAUAGUUGUUUCACAUUUAAGAAGGAUAACUAGCUCUCAUAAUAAGAUUGAAAACAGUGGUAAAAAAAAUGGUGUUGGAAAAGAAAACAAUGGCAGUAAUCUUAAUGAAAAUGACAUUCCUUGGAAUGAAGAUAAGGACGUUUGGUGGCACGAAGAAAUGGAGGAUGUUGAACCAAGUUGUUAUCCAGUUUGGAUGGGUGCGGAAGAUCCACUCUUCAUUUUGUAUACAAGUGGUUCAACAGGAAAGCCUAAAGGUGUACUACACACAACUGCCGGUUAUUUAAUUUAUGCAGCAACAACAUUCAAAUAUGUCUUUGACUAUCAUCCUGGUGAUGUCUAUUGGUGUACAGCUGAUAUUGGUUGGAUCACAGGUCAUACAUACGUCGUUUAUGGUCCUUUAGCUAACGGAGCGACUUCAAUCUUAUUUGAAGGCACCCCUUUCUAUCCGAUGAACGACAGAUACUGGUCCAUAAUCGACAAGUACAAGGUUACGCAAUUUUAUACAGCUCCAACAGCGAUUAGAUCUCUUAUGAAGUUUGGUGAUGAUCUUGUCAGAAAACACAAUCUGCGCUCUCUGAGAGUACUUGGAUCUGUGGGAGAACCAAUUAACUCAGAAGCAUGGCUCUGGUUCUAUAACUUGGUUGGUCAUGGAAAAUGCAGUAUAGCAGAUACUUUCUGGCAAACCGAAACAGGCGGUCAUGUAAUAACACCUCUUCCAGGUGCGACUCCAAUGAAACCCGGUUCGGCUACGUUUCCCUUCUUUGGAGUUUUGCCAGAACUAUUGGAUGAGGAUGGUCAUAUAAUAGAAGGCGAGGGUGAGGGUUACCUUGUGUUCAGAAUGCCUUGGCCGGGAAUGAUGAGAACACUCUACGGAAAUCAUGAACGCUUUCAGAGUACCUAUUUUGAUAAAUUUCAUGGAUUUUACUGUACAGGAGAUGGUGCAAGACGCGAUUCUGAUGGUUAUUUAUGGGUGACGGGUCGAAUCGAUGACAUGUUAAAUGUUUCGGGGCACUUGAUGUCAACCGCAGAAGUAGAAAAUGUUUUAGCGGAACAUACUUCAGUAGCUGAAGCAGCUGUUGUCAGCAAACCGCAUACAGUUAAAGGGCAAUGCCUUUAUUGUUUCAUUACUCCAAAUGAGAAUGUCACUUUUGAUCAAAAACUGCAAGAUGAAUUAAAAAAGAAAGUUCGUGAAAGAAUUGGUCCUUUCGCUCAGCCGGACGUCAUUCAACACGCACCGGGUCUUCCAAAGACAAGGUCUGGAAAAAUUAUGCGUCGAGUCUUAAGAAAAAUCGCUAUUGGCGACCGGAAUGUUGGAGAUAUUUCAACACUAGCAGAUGAGAGUAUCGUAGAUCUUUUAUUCCAGUUAAGACCUUAAGCUUAAAAUGUCUUCUUCUAGUCCUCCAAAAUUAUUUAGUUAUUUUCAGUUAUGCCUACUUUUAGUGAUGCACAUAUAUUUUAAUUAUAUUAUUUUUUAUUAAUUUAGAUUAAUUAUUAAUUAAUUAAUUUAGAUAUUACAGACCAGCAUAAGUCCAAAAAUAGCGUUUAAUUCUGGUCAUUUGUAAGUAGGUAUAUAUUAUGAAUAUUAUUCAAUAUGAAUAAUAUUAAUUUGUUUGAAAGAUUAUUUUAUAUUAAACGGGGUUCCAGAGUGUCUUAAAGUUUUGUUUCUUUGCAAUUUAAUUUGCACACAAGAAAUUCAAGUUUAUUCACAAGUACCGCCGUACUUUUCGAAUACGAAACUUUUGUAUUUACGUAAACUAAAAUGCUUAUACAUAUUAGACGUUUCUUUAAUCGUACUGUUAUCUUUCUAAAUAUGAAGGAAUAUACAUUUUAUACAACUUGUACGAAAAUGAAUCUUUGGACAAUUCAAGACAUCUGGUCUUAUUGAUUUUGUGAUGACUGCUACAUAUAUUGGAAUAUGUUUGUGGCAUACGUUGGAAGUUUGUAGCAAACUUGAUGCAACUGUAAUUUCAAUUAGCAACAAGUUUACAUUGUAAAUUUGCAAGAUUAACUUGCUGCAAACUUGCUAAAAAAAGAAAUUGUGUGCUAUAUGUGGGAGUUGACCAACAGUUUGCAUCGAUCUUAAACUUCCUUCAGCCAACUUAAUUUACCUAAUUACAAGUUUAUUUUCGUUGCCUACAUCAAUAUGCAUACAGGAUGUGGCAAAAGUAUGGAACCCCUUAAAUAUUUCUUAAAAUAUGCUUUUUGGUGCAAAAUGUUUGAAACGAAAAAAAGUUGUUGGACUCAAGAAAAUGUAUUAUAAUUGGGGAAAUGAUUGAACGGGCCCAGAGACUCGUAUGGUGUCUAUGAAUAAAAAGGUAAUUUUUUUAAUGCAUAUUUUAGGAAAAGUUGAAGGGGUUCCAUACUUUUACCACACCCUGUACAUAUAUCAAUAUACACCAACGAGUAAAGCGUAGUUUAGAUUUUAGUAUAUGAAAGUGUAAAUAGUGUAGACAAUGAAAACGAAUUUUGAAAAAGAAUAAAAUUACUUGAUCUAUCACUCUGGAACAAUGUUAUAAGCGCUUAUUAUUUUAUAAAAGCUUGGGGCUAAGUAGUUGUAAAAAAUGUUUAUUUUGCUAUUACACUAAGAAACAAAAAUUUUUUAUUUUUAUACUCCGUCUUCCAUGGCAGAGUAAUUUUGUUGUUGAAAAGCAAAAAAUGUUGUCCCUUAGUGUAUCGCUAUUAUAUAUAGACACUUUGAACACUGUGAUGUAUUACCAAAAAUAUAGAAAAUUUCAUUUUGAUAAGAUUUGCAGUUUUUAAAUUUAAGUUAUUUUUACACGGAAAAAAAUGAAUAAACUAUAAUUUUUACUAUACUUUCAUAAAUGAAAUCUAAAUUUUCUGGAAUUUCUACACAUUUCAAUCAACUUUUACUUUUUUGGGUAUCAAUUUUAGCAAAAAGAAAUCAAAUUUACUAUAGAAAUAGUAAAAAUUGUCGAAAAUCCCAAUCAGUUUAGGUUUUACUAAAUUAUAAUAGCUUAUACUUGUAUUAUGUGUUCCAUUACAUCACAAAAUAAAUAAUGUCAUUGGCUGAAUGUAAAGUAUAAACAGUUUACAACUUUUUUUUAUUGUGUAUGGUUUAAACACAUUUUACUAGUUUUUGCUGAAAUGAAAGAAUAAAGUUUACUCUGAAAUUAGUGGAAAUUGCUAGAUCGAUAUAAAAAAAAUAACUCCAGUCAGUUAAGGUUUUACUUUGUAAAUUGUAGUAAAAAUUACUUAAUUUUUCGUUUUGUGUAAUGUUAAAUCCAUUGCCUAAUUCAGCAUAGGAUGUAUUAAAAAUAUUGCAUCUUAAAACGAGACAUUCUUUUCAAUGUGUUGUUUAUUCUAAUUAUUUAUAAUUGUAAAUGAAAUAUUUGUUUUUAAAAUAAUUUGCAAGUAAGAUUUAGAGAAGAUAUAUUGGAAUAAAGAGUCGUCCUACUGCCCAAAGUUGUAUGUUUCCCAUGUAAAGCACAAUUUCUAAAAUAUAUAAUACAUCCGCACAACAUACAAAUACCUAUAUUAAAAUUGAGGGCUAUAAAAAUCGUAAAGAUUUGACGUGUAAAAUUGAUUAUUGUGAACACGACUCCCUAAGUCUGAAUUAGUUAAAUGUUGAGCCAUUAAUUAAUUUAGAGCCAAAAUAUAAUAAAUUUUAUUUAUAUAUAUAUAUAUAUAUAUAUUACACCAAUUUAUUAGUACCGAAAUAUAUAAAUAUAUAGUUAUUAUGGAUAGAUAAAAUUAUUUAUAUUAAGUUAGAAAAGUUGUGCAAAGAGGCUUUAAUUUUAAUCGAAACAAUUUAUUGCAAGCUGUGCAGACACCUGAAUCUUGCAUGAAGACAAACGCUUUAAGAGUUAAGAAUUGCGCAGACACUUUUAUUGCAAAAAUAUAUGUACGGAGAAAAAUAAGUUUGCUGCUGCAUGCAUCUAAAUUUUAGCUGUAGCAGUUGAUAAUUAGCUGUGGGAUAAUUAUUAACUAAAAAUAAUUACUAUCUAUAUACCAGUUAGCUAACAACACAGCUAAUAAUUAGCUAACAUGGCCAACUUUUUUCUUCAUCUAGCUAAAGAGACAUUUUGUUUUCAUCAAUUCAGAUUUCGAGAGGGUGAACUUUAUAAAUUCAAACAAUUUGAAAAAUAACUGACUUUUUAUAUAUAGAUAAAAUAUUUUUUUGAUACAUUUUCGCUUACCAGACAUAAAUAUAUAAUUGUAAUGUGUGCUAUAACCAGGCCUGGCUAUAACACAUAAUAAUACAAAUGAAAGUUACUGAGCUGUAUACUGAAGUGAAUAAAUUAAAUAAUUUAAAAAAGCACAACGACUCAACAUCACAAAGAUGUCAUGUGAUGAUAACGAGCGAAUUUCGCUACUCUUCACGGAAAAGUUUUCGGACGAGCUUCUUUUAAAAAUAAACGGAAGUGAAAAUAUAUUUUUCAUGCCCCAAUAGAAAGUUUGGAUCAAACUUCUUCGUUAAAUGUCACACUUUUUUGAGGAUCUAAAAUUAUGUUUUAAUACUUUUAAUUUUAAACUAAAUUAUUUGUCGCAAAUCAAAACGCAAUAUAACAACUAUAACAGUUGAAUUUUUUAUGGUUUCUGGAAAUAGAUGAAAAAAUCAUUUACUUUUCAUAUCGAAAAUUAUUGUUUGAAAACUUUUCCGUAUGCGCGUCUAUGCGCAAAAAAGAAUCAACGCUGAAAAAGAGUUAAUUGUUACGCACUUAUACAUAUAUAUUAUAUACGCGCAUUUUCCUAGAUUGACUGCGCAGACAUAUAUAGGUACAUGCAUAAUAUUAUACAUUAUGCUUACAGUUGUAAAUGGCAUAUUUAUGUAUAGAUGUACAUUACCACUGUAUAUACUGAGAAAAUAAUAUUCUAUGUAAAAACUAUAUUCUUAUAUAAUAUUCAAACAUCUCAGUAAAAAGAAAUUCUAAUUUUAAAAUUAGUCUUAAAUUCAGCACUGCUGUCUUGAAAAUGUUGCAUCUUCAAACAAGACUUUUGUUUUUCCUCAAAAUAAAACUUAUUUCUUUUUACUGUGAUGAAAUAAUUCAAGAACAUAUUGAAUUUAAUUAAAAAUUUUGUUAAACACAUGAAACGAGAAAAAUUUCUGAAUCUUCAAUGCACAGAGAAAAAUUUAGCUAAUAUUCAGCUAACCUAUAAUUAAACUCAAUAUUUUGCUUGUAUGUGGAUAUAGUGAUUAUUUACGCAGAGAAAACAACGAAAUUCUAAAUUUAAGAAUAAUAUAGUCUAGUAUUGCUAUUAUUUGAGAAUAUUUUCAAUGUAUUUUGUUGCUAGUUAGAAUAUAUAAUACUCCUUAAAUUCUUAAUUAAUAAAAAUUUUUCCUAUAUCAAUAUAAUUAGUUACCACAAUUAACCUAUUUAAUGUGACAGCAAACUAUUAGUUGCCAUAAAUUAAAUAUCCACAUAAUAGUAAAUAUGUGAAAGAGUUUUUCUCCGUGUACUCAUGAGUAUUUUAUUCUAGGUUGUUUGAUUAUUUAAGAAUAAUAAUUUUACAUAGAUGAUAAUUAUUAUAUGCCCACGUGAAAAGGAAGCAAAAUCUCAAAACAAAAUCUGAACGCACUAUCCUUUAUAUCGGUUAGUUAUUAUUUACUUAUUUAUUGCGUGAACGCAACAAGGAAAAUUCCUUUUCACGUAGACAUUUAUAUUCCACAACUUUUAGCGCAAGUAUAGCUGCACAUUAUUAUUCAAUCUGCAAUUUUGCAAUACUUGAAUGAAAGAUGUGGAAUAAAUCAGUGUAUAUUUUAUAAAAUAUAUAUAUAUGCAUGUAAUUGCCAUGAAAAGUGUGAUAAGAAACCAUACAUAUCAUUAAUAUUAAGUAGGUGUGAUAUAAUAUAUACAAGAAAUAAUGCGAAUUUAAUUUGAAUCACGCGAAUAUAAUUAAAAUGUAUGUAUAUUAUAUACGUUGAGAAAUAAAUACAUUUUAUUGUUGUAAAAAA